GGGCAGCGGGCGGAGCCGCCGCCGCUUGCCGGAGCUGCUCCGUGAGUCGGAGGCUGCUCUCGGCUCCGCUGGGCUCGGCGCGGCUUCGCAGCAGCUGCCGGGAGGGAGCUAGGCGGCCGCGGCCGCCGCCGCCCGCGCCGCGCCGAUGGAUCUCCUCCUGUUCCUUUGGGCGUGUGUAGUCGCCGCCGGGACAGCUGUAGGAUUUGGAAUGGAUCCUGACUUACAAAUUGAUAUCAUCACGGAACUGGAUCUUGUGAAUACAACUGUUGGGGUAACACAAGUGUCAGGAUUACACAAUGCCAGCAAAGCGUUUUUAUUCCAAGAUACAGAGAGAGAAAUCCACGCAGCGCCCCACGUGAGCGAGAAGUUAGUUCAGCUCUUCCGCAAUAAAAGCGAGUUCACCUUUUUGGCCACCCUGCAGCAGAAGGCAUCAACCUCUGGAGUCAUAGUGUCCAUCCGAGAGCUGGAGCACAGCUAUUUUGAACUGGAGAGCAGUGGCCUGCGGGAUGAGAUAAGAUAUCACUACAGGUUUAAUGGGAAGUCGAGAACGGAGGUGUUCCCCUACCGGCUGGCCGAUGGGCAGUGGCAUAAGAUAGCUGUGUCCCUUAGUGCAUCCCACCUUCUGCUCCACGUGGACUGCAACAGGAUUUAUGAGCGCAUCAUCGAUCCCCCAGAAACUAAUUUGACACCUGAAAGCAAUUUGUGGCUUGGACAGAGGAACAGGAAACAUGGGUUCUUUAAGGGUGUCAUCCAAGAUGUGAAAGUCAUCUUUAUCCCUAAUGGCUACAUAACGCAGUGCCCUAACCUGAAUCGCACGUGCCCAACCUGCAGUGAUUUCUUAAGUCUGGUGCAAGGAAUCAUGGAUUUGCAAGAACUCCUGGCAAAGAUGACUGCAAAAUUAAAUUAUGCAGAAACAAGGCUGAGUCAACUGGAGGACUGUCACUGUGAGAAGACUUGUCAAGUAAAUGGAUUGAUCUAUAGAGACAAAGACUCAUGGGUUGAAGAUGAUCACUGCAGGAACUGCACAUGCAAAAGUGGAGUUGUGGAGUGCCGAAGGAUGUCCUGUCCCCCUGUUGAUUGUCCUCCUGAUGCUCUCCCAGUGCAUGUGGAAAGUCAGUGCUGCAAAAUCUGCAAGGCAAAGUGUAUCUAUGGAGGCAGAGUGCUAGCAGAAGGUCAGCGAGUGUUAACCAAGAGCUGCAGGGAGUGCCGAAAUGGAGUUCUGGUAAAGGUGACAGAGACUUGUCCACCACUGAACUGCUCGGAGAAGGAUCACGUUCUUCCAGAGAACCAGUGCUGCAGUGUUUGCAGAGGCCAUAACUUCUGCGCAGAGGGACACAAAUGUGGUGAAAACUCAGAGUGCAAAAACUGGAACACAAAAGCCACUUGUGAAUGCAAGAAUGGUUAUCUCUCUGUCCAAGGGGACUCUGCCUAUUGUGAAGAUAUUGAUGAGUGUGCUGCCAAGAUGCAUUAUUGUCACGCCAACACCGUGUGCGUUAACUUGCCUGGAUCCUACCGCUGUGACUGUGUCGCAGGAUAUGUCCGUGUGGAUGAUUUCUCCUGUACAGAGCACGAUGAGUGUGGCAGCGGCGAGCACCACUGCGAUGAGAACGCAAUCUGCACCAACACUGUCAGGGGCCAUAGCUGCACCUGCAAACCUGGCUACGUGGGGAAUGGGACCAUCUGCCGACCAUUCUGUGAAGAAGGAUGCAGAUAUGGUGGAACUUGUGUGGCCCCUAACAAAUGUGUCUGCCCUUCUGGAUUCACAGGAAGUCAUUGUGAGAAAGAUAUUGAUGAGUGUGCAGAGGGGAUCAUUGAGUGUCACAACCAUUCACGCUGUGUUAACCUCCCAGGGUGGUACCACUGUGAGUGCAGAAGCGGUUUCCAUGACAAUGGAAGCUAUUCUCUUUCCGGGGAGUCCUGUGUUGAUAUCGAUGAGUGUGCCUUAAAGACCCACACCUGCUGGAACGAUUCGGCCUGCGUGAACCUGGCAGGAGGGUUUGAUUGUCUUUGUCCAUCCGGACCAUCGUGCACGGGAGACUGUCCCCAUGAAGGCGGCUUCAAGCGGAACGGGCAGGUGUGGACCCUGAGGGAGGACAGAUGCUCCGUGUGUUCCUGCAAGGACGGGAGGAUCUUCUGCCGGAGGACAGCCUGUGACUGCAAGAACCCCAGCGCUGACCUCUUCUGCUGCCCGGAGUGUGACACCCGUGUCACCAGCCAGUGCCUCGACCAGACUGGGCACAAGCUCUACCGCAGUGGAGACAACUGGACCUACAGCUGCCAGCAGUGCCGCUGCCUGGAAGGAGAGGUGGAUUGCUGGCCUCUUCCGUGCCCAAAUCUAAACUGCGAGUACACAGCCAUCUCAGAAGGAGAGUGCUGUCCCCACUGCGUCACUGAUCCCUGCCUGGCUGACAACAUCACCUACGACAUCAGGAGAACCUGUCUAGAUGGCUACGGAGUCACAAGGCUCAGCGGCGCUGUGUGGACUAUGCUGGGAUCUCCUUGCACAACCUGCAAAUGCAAGAACGGGAACGUCUGCUGCUCGGUGGAUUUAGAGUGUCUCAACAAUAACUGACAUAGGCAGACUGGACUGUGCCAAGGGAGGGAAGCCGCCGCCGCCGACACCUGAAACGAAGCUGUUACGCGUUGGCAUUUUGUACAACAGACAAUUGCCGAAGUCUCCGCCUGAGGAAGGUGUUUGGGAGUUGCCUUUGGGACCUAUCACUAUGCUCAUCCUUGCUAGCCUUGUCUGGGUGACUUACGGUACAGCGCAUAGCCGUCAAUGGUCGUUCCAAGUUCUCAGUGUUGUAGAUGACACUCUGCUCCUGUCGAGCCCUUUCUGUUAUCUCAUGCCUAACCUAAUGCUGUAUUUUUGGUUUAAGUUGUGUACUGACCACAUGAGAGCCUUCAGCUCCUCUUCCUUUGGCUCGAGAUCUUACAAAUGAGACAGCCUGUUGUGAUUUUUUGUCCCACAUGUCACAUACUUAGUUCCCAGGUCCCUGUCGAAUGUAUUUAUGAAAAUAUGUAUGUAUGUACAGUCAAAUUGCAUAGCACUUAUAUUUCACAGCUGUCCAACAUUUUAAAGCAUACAAAGGUAUAUUUGAUUGGACAGAAUGGAAGUGAUCAAAGUUAAGUCUGUCUGAAAAAAACCCAACCCAAAAUUAAAUGCCAUCAUCUUGACAAAAUGGCCAAAUGAAAAAGAAACAAAAGCACUUUCUCCUCCCAACACGGGGAGCAGCAGCAAGACUCCUGUAGUGAAACAGGACUGGACCAACAUUCCACUGCCAGUCCAACACGUUCAGGGAAGGAUCACCUGUCAUUAGCAGUCCUCUGUGUUGCAAGAGAAACUGCAAGCGCUGGAGAAGGGGAUGCACCCUCUGGAUUGUGCAGUGAUAGAGCAGUCAGAGACCCUUGGAACGAUAUCGUUUGAAUUGACUAGUUUAGAGUUUGCUUUUGGUUGUAACUCCAUUGAUGAGUUCAGAAGUUUCCCUUUUGUGUUUGCAGUAGUGACAGUAUCUGCCACGCUGGGUUACUGCCACCGUAGUGACCAAGUGCAGGAGCACCUGUACCAGCCACGGAUGGGCACAGGAGACCUAACACUUGGUAGCUUUCAGUACCUGGUUAACAGCUUAUAAGCAGACUUUUCUCUUUUCAUAUUUUAUCACCCUGAAAGAUACUUACUUUUACAUUCACUACACCUGCAGUGUCGCUUAGGACCUAAGUUUAGACAAACACAAAACUCUCAGCCCUAUACUGAGGUUAGAGUUUAGAUUCUUUUCAGCCAGAGUCUGUUCUUUGUUUGUUGGUUUGUUUUUUUCAUGAGGCUAGAAGGUUUGUGGCAUUAGAUCAAGAAUAUAUUUCUGCAAGGAUGGCAUCUGCAGCUUCAGUGUCACCAUUUCAAUGUGCUGUUGUGUUUUCCUCUGCUCAUUUGUGGUGGUUUUUUGCUUUGUUUGUUUGUCUCUUUAAUUGACCACACUGAAUAUACGGAAGAAGAAUGCAGGAGUAAGCUUAGUGGCUACAGUUUGGGAAGUCCUACAUUUGUGAGUUUUGGGGGGUUGUUUUGUUUGUAGUUCCAUGCAGAGAAAUGUGAAACUGAUUAAAAGAAUGACAUGUGACUAUACAGUGGCAGAAAAAAUUAGUUGUCUUUGAAAUGAAGCACUGCUGUGUUUCUUCUGAGGGGAGAGUGGCAAAACAAUGUGAGAGUUACCUGCAAUCAUUCAGACAACUUAAUUCCCAUUUUUUUACACAGAAUUUGUUUUACCUAACAGGUUUGUGUGGUAAAGUUGAAUUUAUUUUCCUAAAAUGCCCCAUCAUUUUCAGCUACUAAUGUACUGCCUAUAUUUGCAUCACCCUAAUGAUUGUAUAAUAAGGGGAACAGUUGUGUUUUAUAUGAUACUCAAAGGAUGUUUGUAAAUCAUAAUGUCAGCUCAUUUUGUAUAUCACGUUGUAAAACCCAAUGGUAAUUCAGUUGGAUGAGAUCUCCAGUGGGCUGAGAUAUAAAGGGGAAUGAUUUAAAACUUGUGGGCAUCUAAAUAAACUCCUAUGUACA